GUGCAGACUGUACACACGGCUCUCGGCUCUCGGCUCUCGGCUCGUACAGUUUGAUGCUUGAGGGGGAAACAGGAGCUGAGUCAAGUCGAUGUGGCGCAGGCGACACGUGAGACGGAGCUGUUUCCUACCGGGGAGACGCGCGUGCGCCCUGACCACUGUGCUGAGCGCGUGCAAAGUGGCAGCUCAGGGGAAGUGAAGACAGCAGUGUGAAGCGCGGACACGGACAGUGCAGCAUCUCCAAGCCUCCGCUCUGAACACGCCGCGGAGAGGCGCUUUUACGCACGAGAACCAGAGCCAAGGCACGAACCCGGGACGAAGAGCGGCGCGAUGGACGAGAGGAUCGCGCGUUUACAGGACAGACAAUUCAUGGAACACGCGGAUUUUCUGGGGAUGGACUACCCCUCUCUGUACAUGUGCAAGUCCAAGAGAGGAAUCAAGCGCGAGGACGGGGGGAAGGACGCGUACAAGUUGCCGCACCGGCUCAUCGAGAAAAAGAGACGGGACCGGAUCAACGAGUGCAUCGGUCAGCUCAAAGACCUCCUGCCCGAGCACCUCAAGCUCUCGACGCUGGGGCACCUGGAGAAAGCCGUGGUGCUGGAGCUCACGCUGAAGCAUUUAAACGCGCUGACCGCAGUCACGGAGCAGCAGCACCAGAAAAUCCUCGCGCUGGAAAACGGAGAUCGGUCCAUCAAACCUCUCCACGCGGACCUGGACGCGUUCCAGUCGGGCUUCCAGGCGUGCGCCAAAGAGGUCCUGCAGUAUUUGGCUCAGUUUGAGAACUGGACCACUCGAGAACAGCGGUGCCUACAGCUCAUCAACCACCUCCACAAAGUUCUGGCUCAGCUCCAGUCUGGCGCGCCCCCGCUACAGCAUCAGCUGCUCAGCGGCGGGGACGCGCAGCAGGACGCGCAGAAACCGGGCGACGGUCAGGCCAACUGCGUCCCGGUGAUCCAGAGGACCCAGGGCGGGGAGCUGAACGAGAACGACACGGACACGGACAGUGGGUACGGGGGCGAGGCGGACAAGAGCGACAAAGACAAAGACUGUGACAAGAGCCGCGGCUCCAAACCAAUGAAAAUCAAGCAGGAGUUUGGAGAGGAGCGCGCGCCUAAGAAACCAAAGAUGAACUGGCCCGUGACGGACCCCACGCGGCCGGAACUGUCACUCAUGAACUCUCUGAUGGGAAUAACGAGCCUGGGACAGCAGACGCCCAUCUGCAUGCCUUUCUACUUCAUCAACCCGUCCGCCGCCGCCUCCUACAUGCCUUUUUUCGACAAGAGCGGCUCAGAGAAGUUCAUGUACCCCGCGGCGGCUCUCGCCUCGCCGUUCCCGUGGCUCUACCCCGCGCACGCUUCCGCCGCAGCCGCCGCCGCCGCCGCCGCGUUCCCGGGUCUCUCCGCGCACCUCGCCGCCGCCGCACAGACCAAAGACUCUUUCCGGUGCGACAGCGACGGGUCACGUGAGGCUGACGGCGACGGGUCACGCGAGGUCGACGCCGCUUCGCCUGAGGAGCACGAGGAGAGUCCCGCGAGCGAGAGCGCGGACGGUGACGCAGCGGAGACGUCAGCGGAGAAGAGCCCCGUGCACUUCCCCGCGUGCCAAACGGACUGAGUGUCUCCGUGCGCGUGGGGAGCGCUGUGCGCGCGCGUGCCUUUGCACUUGGCUUAAUCAUUCUGAAUGAAUCUCGACAAUGAUUGACGCUCACGUGACUUUUGUAUCCUCUUUGAUAAAAUAUUUUCAAAGUGGCAACAGUUUGGUGCCAAAUCUUUGUGCGCAUCUUUGUGCGCAGUUCCCAAUCAGUGCGGCUUUUUUGGAUGUAGGAGUUUAACUGACCUCUGCCAAGGUGAUUGGCUCAUUUUUGUACAUAAUCUUCUGCUCAUCGUGUAAAUGUGCACUGAACGGCCUGAUGCGGUUUCCCUCUUACCUCAUCUCAUCCUCACGGGUUCGGACACUCGGAUCAAAAACGACAUUUGAGCAACAUUUGAGCAAAUCUGCACAAAUGAUCCGCGUGAGGCGAGUCACUCUGUCCAGUGUUUACGUCACAAUCAGUCAGACCAGCACAGUGGGGACAGCACUUUAUGAACCUUUGCUCUUGAAUGUACCUGCUCCCAUCUCUUUGUAUAUAAGCUCAUUGACAGCGAGAGGCGUAAGUGCACUUCUCCUCUGCUUCGUCCCAUCAACAGGACAUUCUGAACAACUGAACGUCACACUUUGUAACGAGGAUCCUGAAGCAGCUGGAGCGCGGCACAGACGUGCCUCUUUUAUAACUUUCUCUUUAAGUGUAGCUUCACUGCAAAAACACAUCUGCUCUGGGUUUCCAUCCCACACGCUUUUGUAUUUUUCCAGAUCUUUGCCUCAGUGGCAUGUGCGUCUUAAUAUCUAUAUUUUGUGAAUAGAGCAGAACUGAAGCGUCUGUCGUUGUUGUAGAAGUCUCUGGGUUUUUUAAACUGUUGCACACUUCGUUAAUGCUUUACACAUUCGCUGGUAUCAAUUAUGGCUCAUGAGUUGCAAAAUAAACAUGAAAACUCC